CUAUAACUGCAAUAGUGUAGGAUACAUGCAGUAACUCGACAUAAAGGACACAACGUUGUAUCGGAGUAUUACGAAUCGCCUUUUGGCUGUCUUAUGAUCGUAGUGGUCCACUCUAAGUGACAAAAAAAAUCAGAAGACAAUGGCACAAGAAACAAUCAUCAACGAAUUUUUACACAGUAAAAAGGUUUAUUCCAAGGAAGAAGUGCACACAAUAUAUUCAAAAUGGGAUCAGUACGAUCAGGACCUGGGAGAAGAAAACUACCGAGGCCCGUUGAUUACAGCAGAGACCAUGGCUGAGUUGUUUCCUGAUGAAGAUGUCAGGAAGAAUCUCUACAUUCUAGAUGUCGCCGCUGGCACUGGGUUGGUUGGUAGUCAGUUAAAACGCAAAGGCUUCGUAAAAAUUGAUGCUUUGGAGCCAAGUGAAAAUAUGCUAAACCUGGCUAAAUUAAAAGCCGUUUACACUCAAACUUUCCAGAAUAGGCUUGAAGAUUCGUCCAAUAUUCAAUCUGACUUUUAUGAUGUGGUAGUUGUAUGUGGUGGGAUGGGACAUGGACAUAUAUCAUGCGGAGGAUUAGAUGAACUCAUACGUCUAGCUACACCAGGUGGUUAUGUGAUCAUAGUAAUACUCGAGCAUGAUCUGAAAUUUGCUGGGGAGUACCCUGGCCAACUUGAGCUAAGAAUAAAAGAAUUAGAAUUGGAAGGAAAAUGGGAAGCCAAGUCUCGAACAGUGAGGCCAAAUUACUAUUUUGGUAAAGCCGGAGUCGUGUUGGUAUUUAAAGUUAAAAGCAAAUCAGUUGUCUAAACACAGAGCAUUGCCAGUCUACAAUUAUUUUUAGUGAUAACAUGUCUCGUUUAUUGUUGUAAUUAGGGUUGGAGAAAUAUGUGGAUUUAAAAAGUGUUUGUCACCCGUGCGAAGAACGGGUCCACUAGCUUGUACAUUUGUAUUGCUAUCAUCAUUAGUCUCUCCUCUUUUAAAUUAGUUUAUUUGCUUAGCAAUGGUGUAU